UUAGCCAUGUAUGCACAUCGAGAACAGACUGUCGAAGAGCGAUACGGAAUCCCAGAAAACUUUCUCGAGGUAGAAGUAAGAGACCCUCUUCUCCAUGAAGAAGGUCGUAACAAAUAUGUCGACUAUGAAAUAGUGUUUCGAACCAAUCUUCCGGCGUUCAAGUUGAAGGAGUCUGUCGUGAGGAGAAGAUAUAGCGAUUUUGAAUGGUUUCGAGAUGCAUUGGAGCGAGAAAGCAAUCGCGUAAAUAUCCCUCAGCUUCCAGGAAAAAUAUUUACCAAUCGGUUUACUGAUGAAGUCAUUGAGCACCGAAGGCGAGGACUGGAACGAUUUACACAAAUUGUUGCGGGCCAUCCGCUUCUUCAAACUGGCUCAAAGAUUCUUGGACCAUUUCUUCAAGAUCCAUAUUUUGGCAAAGACUUUCGAGGUUAAUUAUAAAGCUGUCGGCUAUAAUACAAGAUGCUACAUGGAAUACUGUUUUUAUACUAUGCACCACCAUUUACUUUCAUUCCGCUUAUUGUAUUAAAAUGCUUUUGAUAAUUAAACUCGACUUUUAUGAGCCAUGAU